CUUUGUUUUCUGGGAUGAAUGAAAAAGACAGCAAUUGCUGCUCUGGGGUUUAGGGUUAGUGUGCUUUAGCUGACAAAAAAACUAGCAAAAAAAUGAAAACUUUAGUUCUCCCUUCUUCUUCCUCACAGAUUCCUCCAUGGCUAAUCCUCUUUUGCAGACGCCAUCUUUGCACUUCUUCAAUCUCAUCCUCAAUAACAAAUCAACACCCACAAAUUUCUGAACUUUCCCAUUCAGAUUCUCUUGAAAAACCCAUCUUAAACCCUCAAGAUUCUGAAAAGCUUGUACCUUUACAUGACAUUGACCAUUCUUGUGACAAACCCAUUUCAGAAGAUGGUGGGUUUACCAAGAAUCAUGUUGUUGAUGUGCUUUUGAGCCACAGAGAUGACCCUGAUUCAGCUUAUAGGUAUUUCCAAACUGCUAGACAACAAAGGGGUUUUUUGCAUACUAAAUCUGACCCUUUCUUUGUUUUGCUUCACAUAUUAGUAAGUUCUACAAUGCAUCAACAUAAAGCUCAACGCUUGCUUGAUAAUUAUGCUUUUAGUGACUCUGGUCCCUCUGCUACUGUUAUUUUUAAUGGUUUAGUUAAUUCUUGUAAGGCUUUUGAUUUCGAGUUAAAUCCUCGAGUUUUCAAUUUCUUGAUAAAUAGCUGUGUGAAAGUUAAUCGACUGACUGAUGCAAUUGAUUGUUUCAAUCGGAUGGUUGAACUUGAUAUAAUGCCGUGGAUCCCGAUUAUGAACAAGCUUUUGAAGGCAUUGGUGAGGCAGGACAUGAUUGGAGUAGUGCGAGAUUUGUAUACUGAUGUAGUGUCUAGAGGGAUCUGUUAUGAUUGUCGUACUGUGCAUAUUUUGAUGUCUGCUUGUCUGAGAGAAGGGAAAAUGGAGGAGGCGGUAAAGCUUUUUAAGGAUGCUAAGAUGAGUGGGAUUAAGCUUGACGCGGGAUUGUAUAGCCUUUGUGUUUAUGUCGCUUGUAAGGAGCAGAAUCUAAGUUUCGCGUUGGAGUUGUUGGGGGAGAUGAAAGACAGGGGUUGGGUUCCUUCCGAGGGCACUUAUGUGAACAUACUUUCCACUUGCGUGAAGCAAAGGAAUAUGGUUGAGGCGUUAAGGCUCAAGGAUGAAAUGCUUAGUAAUGGGCAUCCGAUGAACUUGGUGGUUGCAACAAGUUUGAUGAAAGGGUAUCAUGUGCAGGGCAAUUUAUCAAAUGCUUUGGAUUUGUUUGACAAACUGGCCGAGUAUGGACUCACUCCAAACAAGGUGACAUAUGCAGUUUUAAUAGAAGGCUGCUGUAAAAAUGGGAAUAUUGAAAAAGCAGUAGAAAUUUACCGGCAAAUGAAACUUGCUGGAAUCAAGCCUAAUGUUUAUGUUGAGAAUUCUUUAAUAAAGGGAUUUUUAAGUGUUAAUUUGUUAGAUGAAGCAUUGAAUGUGUUUGAUGAGGCAAUAAAUUCGGGUACGGCCAAUGUUUUCGCUUACAAUAGUAUAAUAGCCUGGUUUUGUAAGAAGGGUCAAAUGGAUGACGCUCAAAAUGUGUGGGAUAAGAUGGUCGAUAGUGGAGUCGUACCUUCUAUAGCCUCUUUCAACAAUAUGAUUCUUGGAAAUUGCAGAAAUGGGAAUAUGGACAAAGCAUUGGAUUUGUUCUCUAAGUUGCCAGAAAGGCUGUUGAAAGCUAAUGUUGUAACAUAUAGCAUUUUGAUUGACGGAUAUUUUAGAAAAGGUGACACUGAUAAAGCGGGGAACAUGUUUGAUCAAAUGGUCUCUUCAGGAAUUGCCCCUACUGACUACACAUUCAAUACCAUAAUAAGUGGUCUGUCUAAAGCCGGCAAAAUGUCAGAGGCAAAAGAUUUGCUUAAAAAGAUUGUUGCAGGAGGUUUCCUUCCAACAUGCAUGUCUUACAAUAGCCUAAUAGAUGGAUUUUUGAAGGAAGAUGAUGUCACCUCAGCAUUGGCUGUUUACAGAGAGUUGUGCGAUAGUGGGAUUUCCCCAGAUGUUGUAACUUACACAACUUUAAUUGAUGGGUUCUGCAAAAGCAAUAACAUUGAUCUAGCUUUAAAAAUGCUGAAUGAGGUGAGAAAUAGAGAAAUUAAGUUAGAUGUUAUUGCGUAUGCUGUCCUUAUAGAUGGCUUUUGCAAAAGAAGAGACAUGAAAAGUGCUUCUGAACUUUUUGAUGAAAUCCGCCAAGUUGGUCUAUCUCCUAACCUAUUUGUGUAUAACAGCAUGAUAAGUGGGUUUAGAAAUGUAAAUAAUAUGGAAGCAGCACUAGUCUUGCGUGAUAAGAUGAUCAAUGAAGGCGUUACGUGUGAUUUGGAAACAUACACCACAUUGAUUGAUGGGCUUUUAAAGGACGGAAAAAUAGUUAUGGCGUCCGAUUUGUUCACUGAGAUGCUUGGAAAGGGUAUAAUGCCUGAUGACAUCACAUAUACUGUUCUUGUACACGGUCUUUGCAAUAAAGGUCAGGUUGAGAAUGCGCACAAGGUCUUAGAGGAGAUGUGUAAGAAGAGUACGACUCCUAAUGUUCUGAUUUAUAAUACACUAAUUGCUGGAUACUUCAAGGAGGGAAAUUUGCAAGAGGCAUUUAGGUUGCAUGAUGAGAUGCUUGACAAAGGUCUUAAGCCCGAUGAUGCAACCUAUGAUAUUCUUGUAAGUGGAUCAUUCAGAGGAAACAGUUUCGCUCUUGGUACUUCAUUGCCGCAAUGAACAAGGAUACCCUCUCGCAUGCCUGUUUUAAUUUCUUGAAGAGAUAUAUUGUCCCCUGGGUUUCAUUCUUGUCACAUGUCUCUGCUGUCUGCAAGGUUGACAGCUUUAAUGGUUGGGGUCCAUGAACUGCUUUCGCUUCGUCCGCUUGAGUCCCUCAAAGGUCGAAGGCCUGAUAUGAGAAAGCUUAAAGAUGUGCGAUCAUAUUGAGUUCAAGUAUCUUGUCUUAACCCUUUUGCUGAAGUAUAAGAAAAAAGGCAAACAAGAAUUAGGAGGCACUUGGAAAAAGGAGGAAAAACUUGCUGGUUUAAUUUUCAUCUUCACCUAUGGAAGUUGUAGUCUUUCCCUUGUUAUAUUUUGGUAUCUGAAGAGUCUCAAAGAGGUAGUAUUACCUGAUUUCACUUUGUCUGUGAAGGCUACACAGAGGAAGACUAGAUAAGUACUGCAGCAAAACUUGGAUCACUUGAAAUAUUGUAAAGCAGACUAUAGAGAACUUCCACUGAACCUACGGUUGCAAAGCAAUACUGGUAAUUGGUCCAAGGAUGCAUCACGCUUCUACUUCUCGUGUAUCUCAACUGUAUUUUUAUCAUGGUAUGACGCUCGACAGUAUGUGCUGUGAGGAAGUCUUUCCGGGGAUGAAGGUAGAAGUUGUGAACUAUUUAUGGGAAGAUAUGCUGCCAAGUGAUAAUCUGUUAUAUGUCCAAGGGGGAACAGAUUGUGUGCUAGACAUGUAAGCUGAGGUUUAAAUCAUUUGUAUAGAUUCUUUAAGCAAUCCAGACUUUAUAGUUUAUGCAGCUUCUGAUUCUGAAAUGUCAGUCACCAAAUUACUUUAUAGAAAAAAGGAAAAGAGUGUCAAGUCUCCAAAUUAAGAAGUGAGGAAAGAUGAAUGAAACUUGUACAGCUUUUCUUUCUUGGAUAGAAUGUUCAGUUUGUUUUGCUCAGAAUUUACUUUUCUUC